GUCAGGCUGUUGGGACAGGACAGGACAGGACUGUCAGGACAGGAGACGGACAAGCUAAAACUCUCUCCGAUGAACGUGAAUGAUACGACCGACACUCACUAUUACCUCUUAAGGUUACCUACUACCUACCUACCUAAGCUGUUCAACUCUUCUUCAACACUUGCUUGAGAACAAGCUUCAUUUGGUUUAUUGUUAAUUUUGUUAUUCUCUCCUUCAACAUCUUAUCGAGUUACCACGCAAGCAUUUCUCUUUAAUUCCUCUCUUUGAAAUUCACUGCUAUUUGUUCGUUCCAAGUAUUGUUCGGAUCCCUCAUCUCUACUUUACAUGGCAUCAAGAGUCGUCGCUUCACCGCAGCAUUAAGCUGGUUCCAUUAGCAAGCUCCCACUUUCAACCAUCGCGAUUUUCGCAAAUAUCCACGAACGAUGAAACGACUUCAACUAGGGACUGUAGUCCUCGCCACUCUGUCUCUAUCAUGGAACGCGCACGCUUUCACCAACUAUUCGUCGAUAGACUCGAUGAAAGCCCAAUUAGCUCUGAUGGACGACCGACCUGACGAUUGUCCUCCUUGUUUUAAUUGUUUACUACCCGCAUUUACUUGCGGGCAAUAUUCUGACUGCAAUCAAUACAAUGGCAAAUGCUCCUGUCCACCAGGAUUCGGUGGCGAUGACUGUCUUCAGCCAGUUUGUGGCUCUUUGGCAGAUGGAAAGGACCGGCCUAUGCGAACAACAGAUUCAUGCGCUUGCGAAGAUGGCUGGACAGGAAUCAACUGCAAUGUCUGCACGAACAACAAGGCAUGCAACGCUCUAAUGCCAGAAAAAGAGGGAGGCGUCUGUUAUCAAAAUGGCGAGGUCGUAAAGGAGAACUAUCAGAUGUGCGACGUCACAAACAGGAAGAUUCUGGAUAUCUUGGAUGGCAAGAAGCCCCAGGUUACUUUUACCUGCAACGCUGAAGUAGAGACCUGUGACUUUCAAUUCUGGGUCGACGAAAGAGAGUCGUUCUACUGUUCCUUGGAUACUUGUACAUCGGGCGCGCAAAACGAUUAUGACCGCAACUCGACCAGCGCAAAAUGUGAAAACAUUGCUUGCAAGUGUGUUCCGGACCGAAUGCUUUGCGGUGAAAACGGAUCGGUUGACAUUUCGGACUUCCUCGAUCAAGAAAUUAGAGGUCCUGCAACCUUUAAUUGUGAGCAGAAGGAUGGUAGCAACGAAUGUACUUUUAAGGAACCUCAAAUGGAUUUGCUGAUUCAACAAAUGUUUGGAGAUAGCAGCAUUUUUAUCAAUUGUCAGGCGGGAGAAUGUCUUUACGAAACCGAGAUUCCAGGAUAUGAACGCCCUAUCAAGAGAAUCAACACGCCUUUGAUCGCAGGUGUCAUUGCCAUUGCAUCUCUAUUCGUUGUUGGAGUCAUUCUUUUAGUUUGGUACUUGUCUCGAAGGCAAUUCAAAUACGGCCCUAUUCAUCUAGACGAUUCCGAUGACGAGAGCAUCAAGCUAAUGACCGAUCAUAAGCCCGCCUCCCUAUACUUUGAGAAUGUUUCAUACAAUAUAAAUGGAAAGCAGAUCUUGACUGGUGUUCAAGGUGUAGCUCAUCCUGGCGAGAUCAUGGCCAUCAUGGGUGCAUCUGGAGCUGGUAAAACCACCUUCCUUGACAUUCUUGCUCGUAAAAAUAAGCGAGGUGUUGUUCAAGGAAAUUUCUAUGUCAAUGGCGAAAAGGUCACAGAUAAUGAAUACAGAAGUGUCAUCGGGUUCGUUGAUCAAGAAGAUGCUAUGUUGCCUACUCUUACCGUUCACGAGACGAUCAUGACUAGCGCUCUUUUGAGAUUGCCAAGAGACAUGGGAAAAUCAGCCAAAGAGCAGAGAGUCUUUGAAGUUGAGCGACAGCUUGGUAUCUCUCAUAUUAAGGAUUCUUUGAUUGGUUCUGAAGAUGGCAAGGGUCGCGGUAUUUCUGGUGGAGAGAAACGUCGAGUUGGAAUCGCUUGUGAAUUAGUUACCAGUCCAAGCAUAUUGUUCCUCGAUGAGCCAACUAGUGGUCUUGAUGCAUACAACGCAUUCAACGUCAUUGAAUGUCUCGUCAACCUGGCUAAGAACUAUAAAAGAACGGUCAUAUUUACCAUUCAUCAACCAAGAUCUAACAUUGUGGCUUUGUUCGAUAGACUACUACUUCUCGCAAAAGGAAGAACGGUCUAUUCCGGAGAGUUCAAUCUUUGUCAAGAAUACUUCGAUCACAUUGGUUACGCCUGCCCACCUGGUUUCAAUAUUGCCGACUACUUGGUUGAUUUAACAAUGCAUGUUGGUACACCUCGCACCCCGAUUGAUGAUACUACAUCCGAUUUCAGACAUGGCGUUACACCAAGCGUUGGAGCAAGCAGUACUAGGGCGGUUAAGUCAAUUGCAAGCAUUUCUGGCGGUAGCAUUGAGGAACCUGUUGUUGGUAGCCCAAGCGAGUCCCUAUUAAGACCUAAAGGCAAACGUCGUGACUCUGUAAGGGCAAAGCAAGAACGUGAGCUAUUUACUCGUAAGAAGAGUGGAGUCGACACCCCUACUUCCCAACCCGAUGAGGCACCUGUGGACCCAGAGGCCAACCAGCACUGGCUCAGGAUGUCAAGACAACAUUCAUCGAUUGCCGAAGAUCCAGAUAAUUUACCACCUGAUGCACCUGGAUCUGGUUCAGAUUUGGAUGUUCUGGUAUCUUCUUAUGCACAAUCUCCAAUCGCCAGAGAUCUUCAGGACGACCUCAAAAACGCUGUUUCCGCCGCUCAAAAUGCCAAUGGAACCACAAAUGGACAUGUACAGGAGAACAGCUCAACAGCCACCACUACGAUGGGCAGAGGAUAUGCAAGAGUUGGAUACCUUCGACAAUUUGUUAUUCUUUCACAACGCACCUGGCGCAAUCUUUACAGAAAUCCGAUGUUGAUGUUGACACACUACGCAAUCGCAAUUUUGUUGGCUGUACUGUCUGGAUUCUUGUUUUAUGGCCUGACUGAUGACAUUCCGGGAUUCCAGAAUCGCUUGGGACUGUUCUUUUUCAUUCUAGCGCUUUUCGGUUUCAGUACCCUCUCCAGUCUGAACGUCUUUGCUACCGAGCGAAUGGUUUUUGUCAGAGAAAGAGCAAAUGGCUACUACUCUCCUGUCACGUACUUUUUUGCCAAAGUUCUCUUCGACAUCGUACCACUCCGAAUUAUUCCUCCUCUCAUUAUGGGCUCUAUCUUAUACCCUAUGACUGGACUUGUAGCUGAAGCUCCUAAUUUCUUCAAAUUCCUCCUCAUCCUCGUCCUCUUCAAUCUCGCAGCGGCUGCAAUCUGUCUUUUCCUUGGUAUUGUCUUCAAAGAUAACGGCGUUGCAAGUCUCAUCGGAAGUCUUGUCAUGCUAUUUAGUCUCCUCUUUGCCGGUCUUCUCCUCAACCACGAUGCUAUCCCCAAAUCCGCUCUUUGGCUACAAUCCUUAUCUAUUUUCCACUACGGCUUCGAGUCUCUAAUCGUUAACGAAGUCACAUAUUUGACACUCGUGGAUCAGAAAUACAAACUCGACAUUACCGUUCCCGGCGCCGUAAUCUUGAGCAGUUUCGGAUUUAACACGCAGGCAUUCUGGCCAGAUGCAAUCAAUCUCGCUAUUUUCGCCGGUGCCUUUAUCUUCUUAGCAUAUGUGGCGAUGCAUUUCUUAUUGGUAGAGAGACGGUAAAUGAGGCUGGUGGACGAUGGCUGAUACACGGUGUCGAUAAGUUGAUAUUGAAUUCAAACGAGAGUAGAUUCUGCAUGUAGAAUGUAUGAUUGGUAUGAUAUGGAUAUGGUAAAUGGGUUGCGAUACAUAUAAUGAAUUAGCGUAGUAUACACUGUUGUGUUUCUUCACGUUGUCUUGUUUACACCUUAGCAUUGUCUAAUGGGUUUUAGGCAUCAGGCGUAAGGAGUUUAGAGAUGUAUAUUUGAAAGCAAUACAAUGGAUAUCACCAUUUGCAAAAGGACCUCUGAGCCUUUGGUGUAUUUUAUAUCUAUCUCAGGUAUACAUAGAUACAUGAUUAUGCGUGUUUCAAAACUCUACCCAUCUAGUUUCAUGUUGCUCUGUGGUGAUCAACUAAGGUUUAUUAAUGUGGAAUAGCAGAUAGUUAGAUCUUUGAUUAGAGAUGAUGUGUUGUGAAAAUGCCAUUCGAUGUUCAUGAAAUCAUUACUUCU